UGCGCCCAGGCUGCUGCCGGGGAGGGGAUGCGGCUGCUUCCCCCGGCCGGUGUGUAGGGAGGGCGGGUCCCGGGCCUCGGGAGCGCGGCGGUGGAGGGCACGGAGGCGGCGGCCAUGGCGACCCCUGGGAACCUGGGGUCUGUCCUAGCGAGCAAGACCAAGACCAAGAAGAAGCACUUCGUAGCGCAGAAAGUGAAGCUGUUUCGGGCCAGCGACCCGCUGCUCAGCGUCCUGAUGUGGGGGGUCAACCACUCGAUCAAUGAACUGAGCCAUGUUCAAAUCCCUGUCAUGUUGAUGCCAGAUGACUUCAAAGCCUAUUCAAAGAUAAAGGUGGACAAUCACCUUUUUAACAAAGAAAACAUGCCCAGCCACUUCAAGUUUAAGGAAUAUUGCCCGAUGGUUUUCCGGAAUCUUCGGGAGCGAUUUGGAAUUGAUGAUCAAGAUUUCCAGAAUUCCUUGACCAGAAGUGCACCCCUUCCCAACGACUCCCAGGCCCGCAGUGGCGCUCGAUUUCACACAUCCUACGACAAAAGAUACAUCAUCAAGACCAUUACCAGUGAGGAUGUGGCCGAAAUGCACAACAUCCUAAAGAAAUAUCACCAGUAUAUAGUGGAAUGUCAUGGGAUCACACUUCUUCCCCAGUUCUUGGGAAUGUACCGGCUUAAUGUCGAUGGAGUUGAAAUUUAUGUGAUUGUUACAAGAAAUGUGUUCAGCCACCGUUUAUCUGUAUAUAGGAAAUAUGACUUAAAGGGCUCGACAGUGGCUAGAGAAGCUAGUGACAAAGAAAAGGCCAAAGAACUGCCAACUUUAAAAGAUAAUGAUUUCAUUAACGAAGGCCAAAAGAUUUACAUUGAUGACAGCAACAAAAAAGUAUUCCUGGAAAAACUGAAAAAGGAUGUUGAGUUUCUCGCCCAGUUAAAGCUCAUGGAUUACAGUCUUCUGGUGGGAAUUCAUGAUGUGGAAAGAGCGGAGCAAGAAGAGGUGGAGUGUGAGGAGAACGAAGGCGAGGAGGAGGGGGAGAGCGAUGGCACACACCCCAUCGGGACCCCACCAGACAGUCCUGGAAACACUCUCAACAGCUCACCACCCUUGGCUCCCGGCGAGUUCGAUCCAAGUAUUGAUGUCUAUGGAAUUAAAUGCCAUGAGAACUCACCCAGGAAAGAGGUGUAUUUCAUGGCCAUUAUUGAUAUUCUUACUCAUUAUGAUGCAAAAAAGAAAGCUGCCCAUGCUGCAAAAACUGUUAAACAUGGCGCUGGUGCAGAGAUCUCUACCGUGAACCCAGAGCAGUAUUCAAAGCGCUUUUUGGACUUUAUUGGCCACAUCUUGACGUAACCUCCUGCGCAGCCUUGGACGGAUAUGAGCAUGGGAAGGACCGGUUUUGGUGUAGGACAAAAGAAAACCAAACUCAAUGAAGCACUCAUCUUGCAGGAAGCAGACCUCCUUUGUUUACAUCUUCAGGCUAAGAUGACCGAUUUGGGGGGCUACUCGCUUUAACAGCUACCUGAUAUUCCCCAGCCUCAUUCUAGCUACUUC